AUGGCCGACCAAGGAACGGGAGGUAUCGAGAGCAGGAGGGACAGAAGAUUCUCAGAGCCGAAUCCGAAUGCACACGAGGACCCGACAAUUCAGCAACCAGCCAGCCAGGUGGUCGUGGAGGCACCAACACCCGAGACAGAAGAGCAGACCCCUUCUCACGCAAAUGAACACCCACGAGGUCUUUCGCAAGCAGCUGCCCUAACACGGCAAGACUCGACGGGCUCGAAUGCUUCAGACGUCAGUUACUCACGGACAUCCAGUAGCCACAAGGACGGUAGGAGGCGGAUCGCUCGACACAACACAGCAGACAUGCGAUCUCAUGCUUCUUCCUCCAGGCCGCUAGAACCACCAGUCACCAAGGGCACUCUGAGUGAGUUGGAUGUGCAAAAGAUUGUCCACAACCCCAAGCUACGACACGAUAUCAACUUUGACCCCGAGCUGCACUUCCGGCCCAAUCUUGACGGAGAAAAGGGCAAGAGGAAACAGGACAAGGCCAAUCAGUUCUGGAAUACUCUUCGGCUCCAGCUGGAGCAAUUCGUGGCCAAUCCGAUUCAAUUCCAAGAGCAAUAUCACAAGCGAGAGUGGUGCUUACCGCUCUUGCUGAGGUCGGUGAAGGAAAUCAUCCAAACAUUGGUCCCAACUCGAGACCGUGCCUACCUGGAUGAGGGGCUCAAUGUGGAUCUGCUCAUGCAGCAAUUCAACAGGGGUGUUGCCGACUUGGAGAAAUUGGCGUCGUGGUUGUCUGGAGUCCUCAAGUCCCAUUGUGCUCCUAUGCGGGACGAGUGGGUCGAUGAAAUGUACAGCCAGCUCACCAGCGGAAAUCGCACCAACAACAUGGAGGAGCUCGUUCAGGGCAUGCGCAGUCUGCUUAGUGUUCUCGAAGCCAUGAAGCUGGACGUUGCCAACCACCAGAUCAGAUGUCUUCGGCCAAUCCUAAUUGAAGACACUGUUCACUUUGAGCAAAAGUUCUUCAAGAAGAAGAUCCAAACCGGCAAGCUCGAGCCAUUCUCUGCUCAGCAAUGGUACCACGCCGCCGCCCGCGACUGCGUUCCAUCGCAUGACUCCCGUGCUUCUUUUGGAGAGAUGGCCGUCUUCUUCGAGGGUCUUUCCAAGCUAGUCAUGUUCUCUCAACCCGAGUCCGUUCCGAAUACCUUCCUCUUUGACGAGGAGCGGAUCCUCAAGUUGCGUUCCGACAUGCUCGACGCCAUCAACCUGGAAAUCUGUAUGCGGCUGUUUGAGGAGCUCGAGAAGAAGUAUCGACAACCCGCCGUUCCGACUCCUUUCCUCUCGACGCCCUUCUCAGACGCUCUAGGUUUCCUCAGCACCGGUUCCGACGACGAGUCAGAUUUCAAUUUCAAUGCUUCUUCGAGACCUUCAAGCCUCGUCUUCUCCGUGGCUGGCUCGGCUAGUUCAUCUCCACGGUCGUCGGUUAUUCUCCCGAGCUCGAUUCCUACGUCAAGCCCGGUUGACUUGAGGACAAAGUCAAAGAACCUCUACAACUCGCUCACCGCCCUACUUAGCACAUCUCCUACGACGACACGCUCGAGCAUGAAAUGGAAGGCCAUGAAGGACUCGUUGGCUCUGCAGAUCUUUCGGUUCACGGAUGCUCCCCAGGAAGUUCUCAUGCAAUUUGAAGAUGAGUUGGAACUACAUCUCAGCGAGCCCGAGUCAAUGCUCUUCCAGGAGGUUGAGCAACACUUCCAUGCUCGCCUAGUAAAUGAGCUGCAGAAGCGUGUAAAGGAGUUCAAGUGCCACACCGGAGUCAACCUUUUCUCAGCAGCCACGGGCGGGCGCGCUCAGGGCCCCAACCGCACUGCGGACCGUGAUGCCACCGACAGCUCGCGCGAUGCACGCGAUGAGGCAGGCGUUGAGGACAUGGCCACAAGGUUGACACACCUCGGUCUUCUUCAUUGGAGAGUGUGGUCGCCAAUCGUCUACCAUGCAGAGGACGCAGAUGUGGAGAUGGACACCAGUGCUUGA